GCCGCCUCUUUCUAAGAAAUUGAAUGAGCUGAUCGCUUCGUACCCUCAUCACAGGGCCUCUCCCCGAAGAACCAUCUCAUUGUCCACUUCGAUCCAAUCCUAAACGCCAUUUACGGACCCUCCGCCCCAGACUUUGCAUGCUGGAACUCUCCGACAGUUUUUUUUGUCAUCAGUAUCGAUUGCAGAUUGUUGUUUCGAAGAAGAUGGAGCUUUUGAUUUGAUUCGAGUCGUUGGAUAGAGUUUUCGGAGAAUGGCGGGAGUAGCUAUAGUCCUGGAUCUAGUGCGGAAAUCCCAGAGCCGGGGCGGCCAAACCCUGCACUCGCACGGUUCUUUCUCCGCCGCCGUCUCAGCUUCGGCGGCCGCCGCCUCCGUGGCCGCCGCCGCUCCCUUUGCUGCUAGGGCUUUGUUUGGCAAUGGUGGAAGGUCAGUUGCAUAUUGUGAUGCUGGCAUAGCAUUAACUGAUGAGGAUUAUAUUUCCAGCUUAAAAUCUGCAUCUGGAAAUAUUUUUCAGCAUGAUUCUCUGCAGUACAGUACCAAAGAGUACUAUAUUGAGCUAAAACCCUUAUUCUCAGCUUUUGGAAUGCAAUCUUUCGCACUGACUUCAUUGAGGUCUUUCUUGUUAUUUUAUUUGCCUCUUUUGGAGCCUCGUUCAAACAUAGAAGAGGACGAUGAUGACUUCCUACAGGAUACACCAGAAGAAUCUCAUGUAGAUUUGGUUGUCCCUUUCAAGAAGUCAGUGAAGCAAAUUGCCCGUGAGACCACUGUUGUAACUACAAGACGGGUUCUGGAACGACUUGCUCUCCAUUAUGUCUCGCAGAGGAUGGCAUGGAAGCUUCUUAAAGAUGUUCCCAAAUCAGCUGCACGUAAGGCUGAAAGGGGGAUGCCAUCUUUAGCUUACUUUUUCAGCGUUAGCAGGACAACUUUCCGAGGGCAUCUUCUUGGAGUUGCAGCUUCGUGGCUUGUCCAAUUUGGAAUUGAAAUUUACCAUUUUUUCUCCGACAUGUUAAAGGAAGAGAACGAUAAAGCUGAUAGGACAGAAAGAGUCAUAGUUCUUGGGAAGAAGGUGUAUGGUACUACUGUAAGGUGCAGUGCUUCGCUGGUUUUUGCUUCGAUUGGAGCAGGAAUAGGUGCAACCCUCUUUCGGCCGUCAUCUGGUCAGUGGAUUGGCUGCGCUCUUGGAGAUUUGGCGGGGCCUGUCAUUGUAUCAUAUUGUUUCGACAAAGUUCUUCACACAGAACUUUGAAGCAUUAUCCUUGACACCUCCUUUCAAUAAGGCUGACUUAAUUUCUCUCUCAAAAUUUGCUGCAUUUACCAGAACCAGAACUUACUAAAUCAGGUUGUUGAAGAAGCAAAAACCUACAAUUCCUGGAGAUUCUGCCUUAAAUACCAUUAAUUUACUUUGCAUAGGAUAAAGGUAUUGACAACUGCUCUCCUCUUUGUCAUCAUACUCUCUUCAGUUUUGGAUCUUUUGGGGCUUUAUGAAAAUGUACAAUUAAUGGGCAGAUAUGGAGAAAACUGAAAUGGAUGGAGGCUUUACAAAAUUGUUGCAUUCUCAAGCUUUUGUUUGCAAGCUUAUGUUAUGUUAGUACACUGGUUAUUUACUGAUUUAUUGCAGGUGGGUCAGUUUAAUAUA